GACAGUCAUAUGACAUGUAGAUAUUUUUACUCUCAAUUAAUAGUAAGAAAACUAAGAAUCAGAGACCUUGAAUAACCAGAUUAAGACUACCAGGCCAGUUAGUGGCUGGGUCAGAUUUUAGAGCUUUGGAAACCAGUUAAGCUCAUUGAAGGUCCCAGGGCUAACGUUAAGCUGGGGCGGCCCACUAGCAAUUGCUGAAGUUUAACUCAGUUUAUUCUAGAGACAACCCUUUCCCAGAGUCCAGAGAUCACCUAGCGGCCCAGUUUAAAGUCACCAGAAACUCAGGCCCCGCCUCUUCGGCCGGCGCAGGCGUUUUUCCUCCCGCCGCCGUUCGGCGGAACUCCACCCCUGCUCUGUGGCCUUCGCGGCGGCCUUCAUUCGCCUGCGACCGUGUCGCCGUGACUGACGUCACGGGCAUCGGCCCUCCCCAUUGGCCCAUUUCAAUAGUCGCGGGAUACUUGAACUGCACGAACAGCCGCCGCUCCGGCGGGCUGCUCGCUACAUCUUGGGGGCGUCUUUAGCCCUCCACGCCCGAGAGUUCCUGCCUACGCCUUUCACAACCUCUUCGGAACUGCGCGAUCCCGAGAGCAGGCUGGCCCAGGCUGUGGCGGCUGGCUACGAUUGGAGCAUUUCUCGGUGGGGUCGGCGGGACGGAGUACACGCUGCUUGGCGCCGCUGGCUGAUCCCGCCGCAACCCCGGGAGCAGUGAUGUUGGGCAGCUCCGAGUCCGGUCCUGCGACCCGCGAGGCGGGCUCAUCGCUGCUAACAUUGCAGCAUACGGCGCUCCAAGAGGACCAGGAGAACAUCAACCCUGAGAAGGCGGUGCCCGCCCAGCAGCCACGGACCCGGGCGGGGCUGGCGGUACUGAAGGCCGGGAACCCGCGCGUUCCAGCGCCGCAGCAGAGGCCCAAAACACGACGGGUUGCUCCUCUUAAGGAUCUUCCUGUAAAUGAUGAACAUGUCACUGUUCCUCCCUGGAAAGCAAACAGUAAACAGCCUGCAUUUACCAUUCAUGUGGAUGAAGCAGAACAAGAGACUCAGAAGAGGCCAGCUGAAUCUAAAAAAACAGAACAUGAAAAUGUACUGGCUUUUAAUUCAGCUAUUACUUUACCUGGACCAAGAAAACCACUGGUACCUCUUGAUUAUCCAAUGGAUGGUAGUUUUGAGUCACCGCAUACUAUGGAUAUUUCAAUUGUGUUAGAAGAUGAAAAGCCAUUGAGUGUCAAUGAAGUCCCAGACUACCAUGAGGACAUUCACACAUACCUUAGGGAAAUGGAGGUAAAAUGUAAGCCUAAAGUGGGUUACAUGAAGAAACAGCCAGACAUCACUAACAGUAUGAGGGCUAUCCUUGUGGACUGGUUAGUUGAAGUAGGAGAAGAAUAUAAACUACAGAAUGAGACCCUGCACUUGGCUGUGAACUACAUUGAUCGGUUCCUUUCAUCGAUGUCUGUGUUGAGAGGAAAGCUUCAGCUUGUGGGCACUGCUGCUAUGCUGUUGGCCUCAAAGUUUGAAGAAAUAUACCCCCCAGAAGUAGCAGAGUUUGUGUACAUUACAGAUGAUACCUAUACCAAGAAACAGGUCCUGAGAAUGGAGCACCUAGUUUUGAAAGUGCUUGCUUUUGAUCUAGCUGCACCAACAGUAAAUCAGUUUCUUACUCAAUACUUUCUGCACCAGCAUUCUGCCAACUGCAAAGUUGAAAGUUUAGCAAUGUUUUUGGGAGAAUUAAGUCUCAUAGAUGCUGACCCUUAUCUAAAGUAUCUGCCAUCAGUUAUAGCUGCAGCAGCUUUUCAUUUAGCACUCUACACAGUCACAGGACAGAGCUGGCCUGAAUCUUUAGUUCAAAAGACUGGAUAUACCUUGGAAAGUCUUAAGCCUUGUCUCAUGGACCUUCACCAGACCUACCUCAGAGCACCACAGCAUGCACAACAGUCAAUAAGAGAAAAAUAUAAAAGUUCAAAGUAUCAUGGUGUUUCUCUCCUCAACCCACCAGAGACACUAAAUGUGUAACAGUGAAAGACUGCUUUUGUUUUCUAAAAUGUAAAUCAAAGUAUAUGAUGUACAGUUUUUGUAAGGUUUUAAUUUUACAAUCAUUUCUGAAUAGCGUUAUGGUCAAGUACAAAUUAUGGUAUCUAUUACUUUUUAAAUGGUUUUAAUUUGUAUAUCUUUUGUACAUGUAACUAUCUUAGAUAUUUGGCUAAUUUUAAGUGGUUUUGUUAAAGUAUUAAUAAUGCCAGCUGUCAGCACAGUAAGAAUAAGAACUAAUAAAUGGAUUUGGAAAAUUUGGUUUUUGUAAGUCAAAUCUGAUUUGACUUUAUGAUAUCACUCUGAAGAAUUAUUUUGAUUUACUGUAGAAGGGAACUGGGAAGGCUUCUCCUGAAAUUGAAAAAUAGUUUUACGAAAACAGAUAAAAGUUUGAGCAUUCAUUUUUCUUAAGGAACUGGAUCAAUUUGGUGACUUGAGCAUAAUCUAAGCAUAUGUGGAAUAAAUCUAUACUUAUUUAUCAGUUGUGAUGAUCCUGAGAAUCUUUCAGCCCUUUAUACACACUAUGAAAAUGCUGUUUCAUUCCUCCUCCACUUUUCCACUUUACUGAAGUGACAAUUAUUUAAAACCCACUAAGUUGUUCAGAGGUUUAUUUUAAAGGACAAUGUAAAAAAUCAUAUAAAGAAUCGACUAGAUUUUAUAAUGGAUUUGUGAAUAGAAAAAUACUCAAGUUAUGAGCACUGAAUAAAUAUCCUUUUAAUAGUUAUAUACACAAAUAUACAACUAUGUGAGCUUCAAUUAGCAGCUCUCUUCUUUUUUCUUUUUCUCACUGGCUUUUUACUUGGUGCUUCUUGUUUUGCACUGAUGGUCUGUGUUCUGUGAAUAAAAUAAAUUAAAGUUACUAACAGUAUUAGCACUAUAAAGCCGAUACAAUGGAUGGUUUACCAGACUUACACCAUUUUGCUCGUUCUAAGUCUGGACUACCAAAAUGGGAGACCUUUUUUUUUUUUUCCCCAGGAGAAUAUAUAACAUUUGCCAACUAAGAAUAAAAUCCAGUGACCUUAAAAGGCCAUCUAUACAGUUUUAUAGAAUUAGAUCCUGUUGUUAAAUCUCAGUUUGAAGAAACCAAGAAGGAAGAGCUGGAUUUCAAAAAAAAAAAAGGGGAGGGGGGGUGUGUGUGUCUUUGGUUAUAGUAGGAUAAGAUGAGAAUAAAACCAGAGAAGUCUUGAGUUAUGUGUGUACAUUUGAAAUAAACCAUAACUUUGUUACCUUA